AAAAACAUAAGAAGUACGAAACGAAAGAGAGCAUUUCCGCUUAGAGCGUCUCCAACAAAUCCCUAAUCGCAACAAUGCCGGAAUCACCCGGUGGUGGAGACGCCGGCGCUCCACCGCAGGCGACGGAGAAUGAGAAUCCCCAAACUGAACGAACCGCCGCGGGUCCUCCAGUCCUCUCGAAGAACGCGCGGAAGAAGCUGGCGAAGCAGCAGAGAUUCGAGGCGAAGAAGGCGGAAAAGAAAGCCGCGGCAAAGGAGCAGAAGCGAAAAGAAGUAGAGAGAAAGCGGAAGGAGUGGGAAGAGAGCCUUGCCGGCGUCUCCAAAGAAGAGAAAGCGAAGCUGAUAGAGUCUCGAAGGAACCUCCGCAAGGAGAGAAUGGAGAAGAGGUCGCUGGAGAAAGAGAGCAAAAGAGAGAGACUCACUGUAGCGAGAGAACGAGGCCAAAACGUCGUCGUCGAUCUCCAGUUCUCUCACCUCAUGAACCCUAACGAAAUCCACAGCCUCGUGCAGCAGAUUAUGUAUUGUUAUGCGGUGAAUGGAAGGUGUGCUUCCCCUGCGCAUCUUUGGCUCACCGGCUGCGAGGGGGAAAUGGAUAGCGCUUUGAAGCGGAUUCCGGGGAUUGAUAAAUGGAUAAUUGAGAAGGAGAAUAGGUCUUACAUUGAAGCCUUGAGUAAUCGUAAGGAGGAUUUGGUUUAUCUCACGGCGGAUUCGGAGACUGUUCUUGAAGAGCUUGAUUUGAAGAAGGCUUAUGUUAUUGGCGGGUUGGUGGAUAGGAACCGAUGGAAGGGGAUAACGUUGAAGAAAGCUGAGGAGCAAGGCAUCCAAACGGCUAAACUCCCCAUAGGAAAUUUCAUGAAGAUGUCUAGUUCUCAGGUUCUUACCGUGAAUCAAGUGGUAGAAAUACUACUCAAGUAUUUGGAGACAAGGGAUUGGAAAACAUCUUUCUUUGCUGUUAUCCCUCAACGGAAAAGAUGCCAAUCCGAUUCAGAAGUAAAUGCAGAAGAUAUAAUAAUAGAGGCAGAGGAAGAAAGUGAACAAAAUGAUGAUAUAACUUCAAAUAAAAAGAUAUGUGUUGAGGAGGUCCCUUCUAACAGUUAGAAUUGUCUCUGGCACAAAGUUUUCCUACAAACCUGUUGAUCUUCUCCUGGCCAUCAAGACAGUAGUUUCAAAUCAGAGCUUUCACAUGCAACCUUAAUACUGACAUAGGGAAUUGGCAUUAUUUUUAUAUGCUUGCUUUGUAACAAUCUGUAACAGGAUGGAAUGAUUUUUGCUCCAGGGUUUUGGAUUCAUUUACAAUUGUUCUUAAUUUUAAUUUUACAUUCAUUUUCGUUUCUA